CUCCAAGCGCGGCUGAACAGAACUGCGAUACCACACGCGUCCGAGCAACCUGCGCUAUCGGGGGAUUUAAACACUACUCAGCGCUAGAACCCAAACCGAUUCUCUGGAUCUGCCGCAGGACGCUCGCUUACGGGAUUAUUGUUUAUUUGUUUAUUUGAACAAGAAGAUGUGAGUUUUUUGUGUGAAUGCACGAUAAGAAAGAGAGGAACUCCAUCGCUGAUCAAGGUACACUUGAGGAAGAAGGAGAAGACGAAGCCGCUAAACAACUGAAGAUAUGAAGCUAAAGGGCUUUUGAAGACAAGCGAGUGAGACAUCCUGUUUGAAGACCACAGCCUUCUCUUCGUGGGGCCUCGGCACUCCAGCCAGGUCAAAGGUCGCCACCGGAGCAAGAUGGCCGCCGGCGGUCCACCCUGCCUCCGUCUGCCGGCCCUGCUGCCCCUCAGCACUCUGUUGCUCUGUAUGCUGCUUACUGGCUUCCAUGCCUUAUCACCACCAAGAUUCACUAAAGUUCCCGUAGACCAGAUUGGCGUAUCUGGGGGUGUGGUCUCAUUCGUGUGCCAGGCGACAGGAGACCCUAAGCCCCGGGUGAGCUGGAACAAGAAGGGGAAGAAAGUCAACUCCCAGCGAAUUGAGACUAUAGAGUUCGAUGAGGGUGCCGGCGCCGUCCUUCGGAUCCAGCCUCUACGAGCGCCGCGGGACGAGAACAUCUACGAGUGCGUGGCGGAAAAUAGCGAGGGUGAGGUCAACGUUAACGCCAAGCUGUCCAUAAUCAGAGAGGACUUGCUCCCGGGAGGAUUCCCCAACAUAGACAUGGGUCCCCAGCUGAAGGUGGUCGAGCGGACCCGGACGGCCACCAUGCUCUGUGCUGCCAGCGGCAACCCCGACCCAGAAAUCACCUGGUUUAAGGACUUUCUGCCCAUAGACCCCAACGCAAGUAACGGGCGAAUCAAACAGCUGCGCUCAGGCGCCCUGCAGAUUGAGAACAGCGAGGAGACAGACCAGGGGAAGUACGAGUGUGUGGCGUCUAACGUGGAAGGCGUGCGUUACUCAUCCCCUGCUAACCUAUAUGUGCGAGAGCUUCGAGAAGUCCGCCGUGUGCCCCCUCGCUUUUCUAUCCCACCGACCAGUCACGAGAUGAUGCCAGGUGGCAGUGUGAACAUCACCUGCGUGGCGGUAGGGUCGCCCAUGCCGUACGUCAAAUGGAUGCUCAACUCCGAGGACCUAACGCCCGAAGACGAGAUGCCAGUGGGUCGGAAUGUUCUGGAGCUCAACAGCGUGCGAGAGUCUGCCAACUACACAUGUGUGGCCAUGAGCAGUCUGGGCAUCAUCGAGGCGGUGGCGCAGAUCACCGUCAAGUCCCUGCCCAAGCCUCCAGGCACCCCAAUGGUGACCGAGACCACGGCCACCAGUGUCACCAUCACCUGGGACUCGGGCAACCCGGACCCAGUGUCCUAUUACAUCAUCCAGUACCGCGCCAAGUCUCCCGACAGCAAGUUUGAGACCAUGGACGGCAUCACCACUACGCGAUACAGCAUCGGGGGCCUCUACCCCAACACGGAGUACGAGAUCCGCGUCUCGGCCUUUAACACCAUCGGCCAGGGUCCCCCCAGUGAGCCGGUGGAGACCCGGACCGGGGAACAAGCCCCGGCCAGUCCACCCCGCAACAUCCAGGCCCGGAUCAUCUCCCAGAACACCAUGAUGGUGCGCUGGGACGAGCCAGAGGAGCCCAACGGACAGAUCAAAGGGUACCGGGUGUACUACACCAUGGACCCGUCCCAGCCCAUGAGCCUAUGGCAGAUCCAUAAUGUCCAGGAUAGCAUCAUCACCACCAUCCAGAGCCUGGUGGCAUCUGAGACCUACACCAUCCGUGUCCUAGCCUUUACCUCGGUGGGCGACGGGCCCUUCUCCGACCCCAUCCACGUCAAAGUGCUGCAAGGAGUCCCCGGACAGCCAACAAAGUUCCAGGUUGGUGCUGUGUCCGACACAAGCAUGGAGUUGACCUGGGAACCUGCCUUCCAGAAAGAGGGGAUCAUCAGCUUUGAACUCCGGUACAAAGAGGGCAGUUUUGGUAGCCAGGUGACCAAAACAUUUGUCCCUACUGCUUCGUACGUCGUUGAGGGUCUGCGGGCGAACACGGAGUACUACUUCUCUCUGGCUGCCAUUUCCAACAAAGGCAUUGGAGCCUUCACCAACGAAAUAUCCCAGAAAACCUUGCAAGCCAAUGUACCAAAGAACUUCACGGUGAAGUGGGUAACCAAGACGACGGUGUUGCUAACAUGGAAGUUUGUUGAGAGGCGGUUCCCAUUUCGGUGCACGAUCGAAUACAACCGUCAGAAGAUGGACGUGGAUGCCCGGCUGACCAAGGCGCUGGUCACCAGCCUGCGGCCCAACACCACCUAUGAGUUCCGGGUCACGUGUCAGGAGAACACAGAGGGUGGCCCUCGCCACCGUGUGGUCGCUCGGACCACACCGCCCAUCCUGGUCAAGAAGCCCAAGCUGGACCUCUACUCGGAGCCAGACAACAUUCUGACCAUGGGUUUCGCCCCGGUAGAGACCAAGGACAUCAAGGACUUCUAUGUGGUGGCGGUACCACUAAAGAAGGGUUUGGGGACUGCACGACAUCUCAAGAACCCAGACGAAAUGGACUUGGAAGAGCUGCUGAGGGACAUCACCCCGAAGCGUCGCACCAGGCGUCAGCUGAGCCAGGCGGACGGCAAGAAGCCCUACAUCACAGCCUGCUUCAAGCAGCUCCCCACCUCGUUCACCCUGGGCACAGAGCACCGCCACAGCAGCUGUGAGAGUAAACCUCUGGAGCCCGGGCAGGAAUACGUCUUCUUCCUACUGGCUGAGCUCAACACCACCGCCGUGAAAAUGUUUGCGGCCAGCCCAUACACAGACUUAGUGGUGACCCCAGAGCUUGAGGCUGAUCCUCUGCCCAUGGAGACAGGUGGGGACGGCCUCAUCUGGGUGGUGGGGCCCGUCCUGGCCGUAGUCUUCAUCAUCUGCAUCGUCAUCGCCAUCCUCCUCUACAAGAACCGUAAACGAAAGGAGUCAGAGCCCAGAACAAAAUGUCUGCUGAACAACGCAGAGAUCACCCCCCACCACCCCACAGACCCAGUGGAGAUGAGACGCAUUAACUUCCAGACCACAGGUAUGAUGAGUCAUCCCCCCAUUCCUAUCGCGGAGCUGGCUGAACACACGGAUCUUCUCAAAGCCAACGACAACCUGAAACUCUCCCAGGAGUAUGAGGUGAGUGGGCUCGUCUCUGGUGAGGUGGAAUGGUGUAGGGGGACAUUUUCUCUAGACACUGAUCUUGGAUCAGUUGGGUGUUUAGAUUGUCUCCCUCAAUUCAACUCACUUACUGUCUUCUCUCUGUUCCCAGGUAUUACCGGCAGUGAUUAUAUCAACGCCAACUACAUAGACGGCUACAGGAAGCAGAAUGCCUACAUGGCUACGCAGGGCCCGCUGCCCGAGACGUUCGGGGACUUCUGGAGGAUGGUGUGGGAACAGAGGGCAGCCACUGUGGUCAUGAUGACCAGACUGGAAGAGAAAUCACGGAUCAAGUGUGACCAGUACUGGCCCAGUCGAGGCACAGAGACCUAUGGUAUGACCCAGGUGACUCUACUGGACACCAUAGAGCUGGCCACCUUCUGUGUUCGCACUUUCUCCCUGCACAAGAAUGGCUCCAGUGAGAAGCGGGAGGUCCGUCAGUUCCAGUUCACUGCGUGGCCCGACCACGGGGUCCCUGAGUACCCCACCCCCUUCCUGGCCUUCCUCCGCCGGGUCAAGACCUGUAACCCCCCAGACGCAGGCCCCAUCAUCGCCCACUGCAGUGCGGGCGUGGGGCGGACAGGCUGUUUCAUUGUGAUCGAUGCCAUGCUGGAGCGCAUCAAGCAUGAGAAAACAGUGGACAUCUACGGCCACGUGACCCUGAUGCGAUCGCAGCGGAACUACAUGGUGCAGACGGAGGACCAGUACAGCUUUAACCACGACGCGUUGCUGGAGGCGGUGGCGUGCGGCAACACGGAGGUGGCGGCCAGGAGCCUGUUCUCCUACAUCCAGAAGCUGGCCCAGGUGGAGACGGGCGAGCACGUCACCGGCAUGGAACUGGAGUUUAAGCGCCUAGCCAACUCCAAGGCCCAUACGUCCAGGUUUAUCAGUGCCAACCUGCCCUGCAACAAGUUCAAGAACCGUCUGGUGAACAUCAUGCCCUACGAGACCACCCGCGUCUGCCUGCAGCCAAUCAGGGGCCUCGAGGGCUCAGACUACAUUAACGCCAGCUUCAUCGACGGAUACAGGCAACAGAAGGCCUACAUCGCAACGCAGGGCCCGUUGGCAGAGACCACAGAGGACUUCUGGAGGAUGAUGUGGGAGAACAACUCCACUAUUGUAGUCAUGCUCACCAAACUCCGAGAGAUGGGCAGGGAAAAGUGUCAUCAGUACUGGCCCGCUGAGCGUUCGGCCAGGUACCAGUACUUUGUGGUGGACCCCAUGGCUGAGUACAACAUGCCCCAGUACAUCCUCAGAGAGUUCAAAGUCACCGAUGCCAGGGACGGGCAGUCCAGGACAGUGCGGCAGUUCCAGUUCACUGAUUGGCCGGAGCAGGGGGUGCCCAAGUCAGGAGAGGGCUUCAUAGACUUCAUAGGCCAGGUGCACAAAACCAAGGAGCAGUUUGGCCAGGACGGACCCAUCUCUGUCCACUGCAGUGCGGGGGUUGGCCGGACCGGUGUCUUCACCACACUCAGCAUCGUGCUGGAGAGGAUGCGCUAUGAAGGCGUGGUAGACAUCUUUCAGACGGUCAAGAUGCUGCGGACACAGAGGCCGGCCAUGGUCCAGACAGAGGAUGAAUAUCAGUUUUGCUACCAGGCGGGUCUGGAGUACCUAGGAAGCUUUGAUCACUAUGCAACGUAAAAAUCCAUCUCGUCCCCCAAAUCGUAUGUCCCCCUCAACAGUCUCCUGAGCCAUAGAAAUGAAAACAACAACAGCAGCCAGAAAACUAAAUUCAACCAACAGAAUAGCAAACGAAUUGUAGAUUAUUAUUCUUUUUUUUUAAGUCAACAAAGAGUGCAAUUCCAAUUGGACCCAAUGGACUUUGAUGUCGGCGAGGAAACCGUAAAUGACUCCAUCAGCAGAACUAAUUGACGCCCUCACUCUGAAGAAAGGAACCAAAAGUGGUGGCUCAAGCUGUGGGGUGGGAAUAAUUACAGUGUUGGACUGCUAACCUUACCUCAAGUGUUCAGAUGUGGAGGUGGACAUUGUAAACAUUUCGUGGACAUCUAUUAAAAAUUAACUACGUUACAAACAAUACAACAGUGAAUGAAGGAAAAAACCAACUGGGCGAACGUGACUGAGGUAUAAAAAAAGGGAUUGGUAAAAACUGAGAAAAUGGUGGAGUGGAUGUAGCUUUAAAUGGGGAAGCGCCUUUUUUACCAUGUAAGGACAGAGGUUCACAGUUCCUAGUUGUUUAUAAACACUUCUGAUGGAAAGCUGUGGUUGCCUGUGUACACAGAUGAUUGUCCCCAAAAUGUCAGACACCUCUGAUGAGACAAACACACUGAGUUAACGGUAAGGUACUGGCAAAAGAAGUCAACCUCCAUUCGGGACCCCAUACCACACUCAUCCUUCUCUCUAAGCAAGAUAACUUCUACUGCCCAUAGUUCUGUUACAACCUUAGAAGCUCAACUCCCAACAUGUCCAUCAUCUCGUACAAAGGGCAGCCCUAUAUCCCUUCAACUCUUUGGGCUAAGAGGAGGUUCUGCAGUACAGAAUAUCCCGGGGGAAAGUGAUGACGGUGUCAUAUAGUGUCUGCCAGCGGUGGAUAAUGCCAUUCAAUCAACUUACCGCUUCAGUUUCUCCAUCACUUGACGUGUGGAGCUUCUUGAGGACAAACCCCAACAUGUUUAUACAGUAACCACUGACAUAGCUCUCUUAGCCUCAGUCACCAUGGAAACUGGGUGAAAAGAGACCACUCUUGCAAGACCAGAUGAAUGACAAUGAAGUCCCUUGACUUUUUACUGUCACUCUUCGUUCAGGACUAGUUUUUACUGGUGCAGGGCCCAACAUAUUGACCGAGUGGAAUCACCACAGGAGAACUUGGCAUGGUGAAUGGCGGCAACUGAGCUCUCUUUGCAAACUUGUACAGUGACCAACAACCCAUUGUAAUCAUUUGUUAAUUUUGUCUUACAAUUACUUGUAUUUCUGGGGGUUUUCUGUCAAUACUAAACAUGCUGCUUAUUCUCCUGUAUGCUGUAAGUGUGACUGUGGUAUGGGAUGACAAUGGAGGUGCCUGGUCUGGCGGUGUCAGUUUGCACCCAUGCGACUGAAACUGAAAGUGCAUCCACAUGUUAUGCCCCCCCCCCCCCAUCAACUCCUCUCGGCCUCCUCUGGACUCACUGUCUCACACAACAUUCAUGUCCCAAGCUUGACUUAAAGAGAGAGACUAGCUAUCUACUAACAGUGGAAGGACAGUGGUUCAAAGUUGUGAGGAACUGAGUUGAUAACCCAGAGAAAGGUUCCUGUCUUUUCUCUUCCACCUAUUGGCCAAAGGCCACUGUGGAUGACUGGCCAAAGGCCACUGUGGAUGACUGGCCAAAGGCCACUGUGGAUGAGUGGUCAAAGGCAACUGUGGAUGAGUGGUCAAAGGCCACUGUGGAUGAGUGGUCAAAGGCCACUGUGGAUGAGUGGUCAAAGGCCACUGUGGAUGAGUGGUCAAAGGCCACUGUGGAUGAGUGGUCAAAGGCCACUGUGGAUGACUGGCCAAAGGCCACUGUGGAUGAGUGGUCAAAGGCCACUGUGGAUGACUGGCCAAAGGCCACUGUGGAUGACUGUCCAUAGGCCACUGUGGAUGACUGGCCAAAGGACACUGUGGAUGACUGGCCACAGGCCACUGUGGAUGACUGGUCAAAGGCCACUGUGGAUGACUGGCCACAGGCCACUGUGGAUGACUGGCCAAAUGCCACUGUGGAUGACUGGCCACAGGCCACUGUGAAUGACUGGUCAAAGGCCACUGUGGAUGACUGGCCACAGGCCACUGUGGAUGACUGGCCACAGGCCACUGUGGAUGACUGGCCACAGGCCACUGUGGAUGACUGGCCACAGGCCACUGUGGAUGACUGGCCACAGGCCACUGUGGAUGACUGGCCAAAGGCCACUGUGGAUGACUGGCCACAGGCCACUGUGGAUGACUGGCCACAGGCCACUGUGGAUGACUGGCCACAGGCCACUGUGGAUGACUGGUCAAAGGCCACUGUGGAUGACUGGCCACAGGCCACUGUGGAUAACUGGCCACAGGCCACUGUGGAUGACUGGCCACAGGCCACUGUGGAUGACUGGCCACAGGCCACUGUGGAUGACUGGCCACAGGCCACUGUGGAUGACUGGCCACAGGCCACUGUGGAUGACUGGCCAAAGGCCACUGUGGAUGACUGGGGAAGAUCUGUUGUGAUGUGAAAGUUAUGUCCACAUCACGAAACUUGAAAUCUAAACAAUAGCAGGUCCGAUUCUACCCACUAUGUACACGUGUCUGACAAAAACAAGCCCUCAAAGCCCACAAUUGUAUUUUUUCUCAGAGGUCUGUGCUUUGGUAUACCCAGGAGUAUGCUUUUACAAUGGAUUCUGGGAAGGUUUUGGGAUUGGUAUGUACACUAACAGAGUGAUGAAAGGAACUGUUUGUAGUCUUUCUUAUUUCCAAAAAAAGCCUUAUUGUUAUUGUAACAUUAUGGAAACAUGAAUGUUGUGUUAUUGAUGACUAUUGUUAUUUUACUUUACAUAGCUUACUUAAAAAAAACGUUUUUUUUUAAUUAGCAGGAAAAAAAUGUAUGCUUAUUUGUUCAUAUUAUGUUAAAAGACAUUAUAUUUUUUCACUAUAGAAAUGUUAUGUAUAACUUGUGGAUGUGUGCAUAUAUAUACAUAUAUAUAUACAGUGCCUUGCGAAAGUAUUCGGCCCCCUUGAACUUUGCGACCUUUUGCCACAUUUCAGGCUUCAAACAUAAAGAUAUAAAACUGUAUUUUUUUGUGAAGAAUCAACAACAAGUGGGACACAAUCAUGAAGUGGAACGACAUUUAUUGGAUAUUUCAAACUUUUUUAACAAAUCAAAAACUGAAAAAUUGGGCGUGCAAAAUUAUUCAGCCCCCUUAAGUUAAUACUUUGUAGCGCCACCUUUUGCUGCGAUUACAGCUGUAAGUCGCUUGGGGUAUGUCUCUAUCAGUUUUGCACAUCGAGAGACUGAAAUUUUUUCCCAUUCCUCCUUGCAAAACAGCUCGAGCUCAGUGAGGUUGGAUGGAGAGCAUUUGUGAACAGCAGUUUUCAGUUCUUUCCACAGAUUCUCGAUUGGAUUCAGGUCUGGACUUUGACUUGGCCAUUCUAACACCUGGAUAUGUUUAUUUUUUAACCAUUCCAUUGUAGAUUUAGCUUUAUGUUUUGGAUCAUUGUCUUGUUGGAAGACAAAUCUCCGUCCCAGUCUCAGGUCUUUUGCAGACUCCAUCAGGUUUUCUUCCAGAAUGGUCCUGUAUUUGGCUCCAUCCAUCUUCCCAUCAAUUUUAACCAUCUUCCCUGUCCCUGCUGAAGAAAAGCAGGCCCAAACCAUGAUGCUGCCACCACCAUGUUUGACAGUGGGGAUGGUGUGUUCAGGGCGAUGGGCUGUGUUGCUUUUACGCCAAACAUAACGUUUUGCAUUGUUGCCAAACAUCUGACCAGAGCACCUUCUUCCACAUGUUUGGUGUGUCUCCCAGGUGGCUUGUGGCAAACUUUAAACAACACUUUUUAUGGAUAUCUUUAAGAAAUGGAUUUCUUCUUGCCACUCUUCCAUAAAGGCCAGAUUUGUGCAAUAUACAACUGAUUGUUGUCCUAUGGACAGAGUCUCCCACUUCAGCUGUAGAUCUCUGCAGUUCAUCCAGAGUGAUCAUGGGCCUCUUGGCUGCAUCUCUGAUCAGUCUUCUCCUUGUAUGAGCUGAAAGUUUAGAGGGACGGCCAGGUCUUGGUAGAUUUGCAGUGGUCUGAUACUCCUUCCAUUUCAAUAUUAUCGCUUGCACAGUGCUCCUUGGGAUGUUUAAAGCUUGGGAAAUCUUUUUGUAUCCAAAUCCGGCUUUAAACUUCUUCACAACAGUAUCUCGGACCUGCCUGGUGUGUUCCUUGUUCUUCAUGAUGCUCUCUGCGCUUUUAACGGACCUCUGAGACUAUCACAGUGCAGGUGCAUUUAUACGGAGACUUGAUUACACACAGGUGGAUACUAUUUAUCAUCAUUAGUCAUUUAGGUCAACAUUGGAUCAUUCAGAGAUCCUCACUGAACUUCUGGAGAGAGUUUGCUGCACUGAAAGUAAAGGGGCUGAAUAAUUUUGCACGCCCAAUUUUUCAGUUUUUGAUUUGUUAAAAAAGUUUGAAAUAUCCAAUAAAUGUCGUUCCACUUCAUGAUUGUGUCCCACUUGUUGAUGAUUCUUCACAAAAAAAUACAGUUUUAUAUCUUUAUGUUUGAAGCCUGAAAUGUGGCAAAAGGUCGCAAAGUUCAAGGGGGCCGAAUACUUUCGCAAGGCACUGUGUAUAUAUAUGUAUAUAUAUACACAUUCAUAUAUAUUUAAAUGAAGAAUAUAAAGAUGUAUCCAAACAUAUUUUUUUCUGUUUCUUAUUUUUAGGUAUUUUUUACCACCCAUAAACAUUCAUUUGCUCAUGUAAAAUUCUGAUGGAUUUGUUUUGUAGCCAUGAACUUAAACUUGGGAAAUAUUGUGUGUUUCUCUGGAAACAAUUAGGGGAGGUGUCUGGCCCGGGCGCCGCUCCAGCAACCCUUUUUAAAUCCUACCACUUGGUAGACCUGUGCCGAUAAGGAGAUGGUGUCUUUUUAAUUGUUGUUGAAAUUCCUAUUAUCAUUAGCUAACAAUAGUCAUGUAUUUGUUUGAGUAUUAUUUUCAUAUGUCGUAGAUUAAAUAGUCUACAAAGCAUUCAAUUGGAGGAAAGGUAUUACCCAUUUUGCUGAAUUUGCCAGACUAAAGGUGCUGUACUUUUUGACCAUGUACAGACCGUCAUCUCCCUCUUUCUCAGAAGUUCAUCAUUUCCUCCUUUUUCUUUUUCUUUUCAGACACAACACGAUCAUCCAUUUGUUAGAUAUCAACUAUGAUCCAGAAUAUAACACCUGUAAAUAAACAAACAUAUACAUGAUAUGUAUUUGUUUGAUUUAACUCUCAAUGCUCUCUUACUUCAGAUCAAAUACUGAACUGCAAAGAUAAGGUUCUGCUUAUUGCAAAGUUCACAGUGUAAAGUGUACUUUCUCCCUUUGUAACAUUUGUAGUCCACUCUGCUCUCUGUUCUUAAGUCCCCUCCUUCUUUGUCAUAUCUGCCGUGUUAGCAAUAUCCCCUGCUAGCCACCCACAGCUAACUCUGUUAUGAGAGGUCAAUGACGACCCAUAACUUUUGCCUCAGCACAGGCUUCUUGCAAUCAAAAUGGUGCCUGCUCUCUGGCCCCAAAGUGAACAGGGCUGGGAAACGGCAACCAAAGGACUAUUCCUUUCCAAAACAAAAUAUCUAUCUUUCCAUCCCCCAAAAAGGAGAAGUGCUAGUUCCCAACUGCCUAAAAAGCCAAGAAGUGGAUUGUCCAUUGGCAGUCAUAGAGAGAAACAAGAGAUUUUCUCUACUACUUAGCAACUGGCCAUAGUGCAAUGACACAGCCAUUAAGGGUGAAAGUACUACAGUACACUACCACUGACCCUGAAUCAUGACAUGAUGUAAGAGGGUUCAUUAUACUGUAAGAACCUAGUACCAUACUGUGUUCUUUCUUAUUAUUAUUUCUAUGUUUUGUUACGGGAUGCAGAAUGAGUCAGGACUGAAUGAGAAGGAGCCGUGUGAUGCAAAGACUAGGACGAAGGAAGACAAAACAACAAAGACAUUUCCAGCAUAUCCUUCUCAAGUGGGAAUCGCAGACCUUUUCAUAUGAACAAAUCUUGAAAUUAUCUUGAAAUUAUGACUUUUUUAUGACUGAAUUCAAAGACUGGUUAAGGGCCGAUGACAAAAAAACAAGACUGGACAUCUUUGGAAGUUUGUGCGAUGUGUUGCUCUUUGACUUCAUGUUAAGAUGCCAGACUUUUGACAACAAUAGCAGCCAAAUCUACUGGAAUGCUCGACCGAGGUGUUGAAAUUAACAAAAGAGAAAAAUUACUAUAAAAUAAUAGAACCUAUACGUACAACAGCCAACAAAAAGAUAAAAAACCUAAGCUCAAUCAAAAUAGUUUUUCUUUGUAUGAGGGCCAAGUGCUAUUCCUUUCAAACUGUUACUUCUAACUGAAACAAUGAUUGGUUAAAAACCACUGUGUAUGUAGAUAUGUUGACUUUGUAUUAAAAAAAUGUUGUCUGAA